AUGCUCAAGACUCUAUAUGCUCCGGAAUCAAAGGCUCGCAUCAUGCACCUUCGAUUCAAACUCAAUGACCUAAAGAAAGGAGCAAUGACUAUGGGUGAUUAUCUUCUGAAGAUCAAGAAUAUCUCAGAUGCACUGGUUGCGGCUGGAGAACCCCUAUUCGGAUCCGAUCUCAUAUAUCAAACACUGGAGGAAUUGCCAAGUGACUUUGAGCACUUCACUACUACUGUACUUACUAGGCUUGAUUGUCUCUCAUAUGAUGAAAUGCAAAGCCUACUACUCCAACAAGAAAUCAAAAUGCUGAGAGCAUGCAAGAAGCUUACAGACUUCAGCCUUGAUGCUUUAGCCCACCUUACUUCCAAGGGAUGGACAUUCAAGAACAAUAAUCAGCCUGGCCGACCACCUUUCAGCGAUAAAGACAGUGAGUACAUAGACAAAUCACCUAACAAGAGCACUAGAAGAUACAAAGGGAGCCCAUGCCAGAUCUGUAAUCAUCCUAAUCACUCAGUUCUCACCUGUAAGAGUUGCUUUGAUGCCUCCAUCAAGUAUACACCACGGAAACCUUCAGCCUAUAUGGCAACCUCACCUCCCUCAACAGAUCACUCAUGGUAUCUUAAUUCUGGUGCUACUCACCAAGUCACUAAUGAUCUGAACAAUCUGAAACUUCACAAUACAGGACCUGAACAACUGCAAAUAGGUAAUGGUACAAGUUUGAAAAUACAUCAUAUUGGCACCACUUCUCUCUCAAGUUCUAAUAAAAAUCUAGUUCUACAUGACAAUCUUCAUGUGUCAGAUAUCACUAAUAAUUUUCUCUCUGUUGCACGCUUCACAUCUGAUAAUGAUGUGUUUCUUGAAUUCCACCCUUCUCAUGUGCUUGUAAAGGAUCGGAAGUCGAAGAAGGUUCUUCUUCAAGGCAGUCUUGAUCAUGGGGUCUACAGAUUCAGUCAUGAUGAACUGCUUCCCUAG